AUGGAAGAUGUAGAAGUGCUGAAAAUACAAGAUAUACAAAAUAGAUUGAUGGCUCCACCUCCUUUUCCAGAUGAUCCUGUAUAUAUGGACAAUCAAGCCCACAGAGAAGAAUAUGUUCUGAAUGAACAUGGAACACUGUACGAAGGGGUUCAUAAGCAUAUUACCUCUAGACCAUGGCACUUUGGACAGUUUGAAGAUGGGAUUCUGGAUAUCUGCUUGAAAGUUCUAGACAUGGGUGCCAGUUACCAUCACGGCUCUGAUCGAGACCAUUGCUGGCGCAAUGAUCCUGUGCAUGUCAGCAUGGUGGUGAACCACAUGAUAAGUAGCCAUAACACUAAUAGUAUCAUGAAGAUCCCAGAAAACAACGAUUACCUGAAAGGAACUAAACCAUUUUCAUGGAAUGGAAGUGUCCCUAUUCUUCAGCAGUGGUACAAUGGCAGAUGUAGACCAGUCAGAUAUGGAUACUGUGGGUCUCUUGCUGCAGUAAUGUGCACAGUGAUGAGGUGCUUGGGGAUUCCUAGCCGUGUUGUCACAAACUUCUGUUUUCCAUGUUCAAUUGAGAAUCCCCUAGGAAUCAAUGAGAUUUUUGACUCUACUGGAAAAAACCUGUGUGGUAAAGACAAACUAUGGAGAUACCACUGCUGGAAUGAGUCCUGGAUGGCCCGCAGAGACCUAAAUCAAUGCUGUGGUGAUUGGCAGUGUUUGGAUCCAACACCCUUGGAAACAGGGAGAGGUUUAGCUUGCAGUGGUCCUACAUGGGUCCGAAGCAUCAGAGAAGGGGAACUGGAUUUGGACUAUGAUGGUCAUCAUUUGUUUUCUCGGCUAAACUCAAACUAUGUCGGCUGGCUUUCCCAAAACAAUGCCAGAAAAGCAAAGCUUUUCUGUGACACUUGGCCAUGUGGACAACAUCUCAGCACUAAGAGUGUUGGCAGUGACCAGUGUGAAGAUAUCACUGGGACUUAUAAAUAUGAGCUGGGUUCCCUAAAAAGCAAGGAGGCCUAUUACAGGGCAUACAGAAGAAUUCAUCCAGGGUACUGUAAUGCUUCCAACUGCCAUAUAGAUAGAGAGCUGUCAACUCUUCGUAGCCCAUUCCUGAGUGACUCCGGUGUUAACAUGAGACUAAAGAUGGCUAACUGUCCUAUGUACGGUGAAGAUGUCCAACUGCACUGGCUGCUUGAAAAUUUACAUAAUGAUUCCAAAAAUCUAAAUUUUAAUUUGUGUGCACAAAUAAUAACAUACAAUGGUUGCCCAAUGGAUCAAUUUUGGAAAGACAAAGUGAAUGUCACCUUGGGCCCAAGGGAAGUGAAAAAAAUUCCACUGUGUAUAUCAUAUAAUCAAUAUGGACCUCACCUCUGUGAUCACAACAUUAUGAAAGUAGUUGCUGUCUCAGAUCCAGAGUGUGGAGAUGUUCUGAUGGUGAGCAGGGAUAUUGUGAUCAACAGGCCUCCUGUUAUUGUGAAGCUUUUAAGCCAACCCCGGUUGAAAGUACCAUGCACUGCAGAGAUCUCCUUCUGCAAUCCUCUCCAGGAAGAUAUGAAGAACUGCAUAAUGACUUUAGAAGGCUGUGGUUUAUUCAAAGAACCAAUGACCAUUGAUUUAGGAACUCUGGCUUCCAAUCAGCAGGCACGAACCGUUGUGGAGUUUACACCUUACAGGCUUGGUAAACAUCGGCUCCUGGCCAACUUUGGAUGCCACAAGUUUGCCUACUGCAAAGGCUGUGUCAGCACUGAGGUGUGUAACCCAGUGGGACAGAAUGGCACGUUGCCCCUGAACCAGAAUGGAUCACUCCAUGUUUGUGAGAAUGGUUCCCUGCCAGCCAACGGCUCUGCCUCUGUCCCUGCGGGGGACCCUGGGUUGCAGUCCAUGUGCGAGUAUGUAUGUAUCCCAGUGUGCAACCCCAACUGCAACACAGGGGGACAGCCUGUGUAUGACUUCGUGUACCUCCCUGCAGGCCAUCCUUUAUGCAACUCCAUUUGCAGCGCAGGCUUCAAUCCCAGUGUUGGUCUUGGUUUUGACACGGGCUGUGAUCCUGGCUUCCGUGUUAUAUGUGAGACCAUGCCUGCCCCCACCUGUGUCCCAAUGCCUGCCACCAUGUAUGGCUCUAUGCCCAUGCCAGCAUCCAACCCCGUGUGCACCUCGAUGCCUCAAGUGAUAUUCGAGUCAGGGCCUGGGUCCACACCCCAGCCUGGAGGGGGGCCAAUGUCUUAUUCUGUGUCCGUCCCAGCUGGGAAUGCCGUGAGCGCCCUGCUGAAUCACUUCAUGGCUGGCUCAAGCCCCAGCUCCGUACCCGUUGCAGUCCCUACCCAUGUGUCUGCCUCGCCAUCACACCCCGUGUGCUCUCCAGCACCCCACUCCAUACCACCACCAGCAGCCCUUUCCAGCAGCUUUUCUGCUGCCUCCCUCUCCCACGUCUGUGGCCCUGCACCCUCUCCAACUUCUCAGCCUGUGUGCGGCCCCAUGGCCAGCCUUCCAUCUCAGCCCAAUGUGGGCGGCCCUGUGGCUCGUACCACGUGCUCCCCAGGCUCAUGCGCAGGAGCUUCUCCGGUGCCCCUUGUGGCGCAGAGCUCUGUGUCUGUGCUGCACCUGGCCAAUGCCUCUGUGUCCCACGCGGCCCCCCGCCCCGUGGGACCCCCAGCUGCCCACUCGCUGUGCACCCCGGCCUCCUUCUCUGUGGGAGCUGCAGCAGCUGGCUCUCCAGCCUCGUGCCUGGAGGACGUGUCGGCAUCAAGCUGCUUUGUGUGCCCCCCGACCCUACGUGCCGUGGGGGCUGCUACGGCCCGCUCGGUGUGCACACCAGCAUCCCGCCCUGCCUCACGGGCCAUGUGCACCCCAGCGUCCCGCUCCCUCUGUGGCCCGCAGUGGGGUCCCUCAUGCAACACUGCCUCGCGCUCGGCCUCACACUCCGCCUGGGCCCCAGCAUCACGCUCGGCGUGGGGCACCGUGGUGCGCUCUGCCCUCACCCCACUGCCCCGUGCCUCUUACAGCACGCUUUCCCGUGGUGCCUACAACACCCUGUCCCGCUCCUCCUACAACAACGCCUUCUCCCGCGCAGCCUAUGGCACCCUGCCCCGAUCCACUUCCCCCUCAGCGUACGCCACCCUGCCCCGCGCGGUGUCCCACUCCUCAUACACCCCACUGCCUCGCUCGACAUCCCGCUCUGCAUGGAGCCCGAGUAAGAGUACGCUCACCUACUUCAAACGUAAAUACGUGUAA